AUGGCCCGUAAGUCAGCAUGCUGUAGACUCAGCACCCUGGAGGUCCUGCUGAUCGUCCUGUUCCUGCUGAUGACGGCGAUCUCAGUGGGACUCGUUACGGUCUUCGUCCUCCACUUUAAUUCUCAAACCCACGAGACCCCCGAUGAACCCAUCCCCUCCGUCAAACCUGAGCGUAACCCCUACCUGAUCGGAGUGGGUCGAGCCGACUGCACUGGACCGGUGGCGGACGUACCCCUGAUGGGCUAUGCCAACCCGAGUCAGAUCGCAGGCGGCAUCCACACCCGUCUCUUUAGCAGGGCCUUCAUCGUGGACGACGGCAGCAAGAGGGUGGUGUUCGUGAGCGCCGAUAUAGGGAUGGUCUCACAGCGACUCCGACUGGAGGUGCUCAAGGAACUCCAGGUGAAGUAUGGGGAUCUCUACCGUGAAGAUAACGUGAUGCUGAGCGGCACCCACACGCACUCCGGUCCAGGAGGCUACUUCCAGUACACGCUCUUCAUGAUCGCCAGUCAGGGCUACUACAAACCGUCCAUCCAAGCCAUCGUGAACGGAAUCGUGAAGAGCGUCGACGCGGCUCACAGGAACAUCAAACCGGGAAGAAUCUUCGUCAACAAGGGCGUGGUCGCCGACAGCAACCUGAACCGGAGUCCGCACUCGUACAUGAACAACCCCGAGGAGGAGAGAAACAGGUACAAAACCACCACGGACGAGCAGAUCGUGACCCUGAAGUUCACCGAUCUGGACGGGGACGGACUCGGGGUCCUGAGCUGGUUUGCGGUUCAUCCGGUCAGUAUGAAUUAUACCAACCGCAUGGUGAGCUCGGACAACCUUGGCCACGCCUCGUACCUGUUCGAGCAGGACAAGAACCUGGGCUCCCUGCCCGGACAGGGGCCGUUUGUAGCCGCGUUCGCCACCGGGAACAGUGGAGACGCCUCGCCCAACGUUCGUGGCCCUCACUGUGUGAACACGGGGGAGAAGUGUGACUUCGUCAACAGCUCCUGUCCUGUUGGUGGGAGCAGGCUGUGUAUGGCGUUCGGACCGGGUAAUGACAUGUUCGAGAGUACCAGGAUUAUUGCCGAGAACGUCUACAAGGAAGCGAAGGAGCUUUAUGGAGGUGCUCAGCAGGAGCUACGUGGAAGCGUCCACGCUGCCCAUCAGUGGGUCAACAUGACCGACGUUACUGUCCAGCUUAACUCCACCCACACUGUGAAGACGUGUAGACCGGCGCUGGGCCACAGCUUCGCCGCAGGAACCAUCGACGGAGGAGGAGACCUGAACUUCACCCAGGGCACGACCGAGGGCGACCCCUUCUGGGAUGGAAUUAGGGACCUCAUCCUGGGCCCUCCCUCCAAAGAGAUCCAAGAGUGCCACAACCCCAAACCCAUCCUCUUCAGCACAGGAGAGAUGAACUGGCCUCUUCCGUGGCACCCCGAAAUAGUGGACGUUCAGAUCAUCACUAUCGGCUCGGUCGCCCUGGUGGCCAUGCCGGGCGAGGUCACCACCAUGGCGGGAAGGAGAAUCAGAGAGGCUGUCAGACAGGAGCUGGAGGUGGACGGUGCGUUCUCCAGCCCUGACGUCGUCAUCACGGGUCUGUGCAACACCUACACCCACUACACCACCACGUAUGAGGAGUACCAGGUUCAGCGGUACGAGGGCGCGUCCACAAUCUACGGUCCUCACACUCUCUCAGCCUACGUUCAGAACUUCAGAGGCCUCGCCAAAGCCAUCGCACAGGGCAAGACCGCGGAGUUACCGAAAGGUCCCGAGCCCCCCUUUUUCACAGGAAGUGGACUCAUCUCUUUGAUCCCGCCCAUUCCUGUGGACAAAGCGCCCGAAAACGCCACCUUCGGCCAGGUCCUGGAGCAGGUCAAUCCCGUUUAUAAAGUGGGUGAGGUGGCGUCCGUGACUUUCGUCGCAGGAAACCCCAGAAACUCGGGCGACAUGAGAGACAGAACUUACAUCACGGUCGAGAAGUUCCACACCAGCACCGGGGCGUGGAGCGUCGUUCAUACAGAUGCAUCAUGGGAAACAAGAUUUUACUGGAUUAAAGGAUCGGAUAAACAGAGCAACGCGACGGUAGAGUGGCACAUCCCGCGCUCGGCAGAGGCCGGCGUCUACAGGAUCCGACACUUCGGACACUACAAGAAGGGAUUCAUCGUCCCGGUCACGGCGUACGAGGGAAGUUCAGACGAGUUCAGGGUCACCAAGUCGUUCUAUUACUGAAUGAUCGGGGGCGUCUGAGAGAGACAACCAUCAGAAAGGAGAGAUGACCGCUUUGAUUGUGUUGAUGUGUGUAAUGGAUUUAUAUUGAUUUUCACU